AUGUCUCGGCCUGCUAACGGCUUGCCGAGUCAGGCAGGACUUGGUGACAACAGUGCCCCUGAUCCCACGGCCAACCCUCUUCUCUCUCGCGACAACAUCACUUCCAAUUCCCAAGAUCACCUCGAUUCUCAUCGCUCUCGCCCAUCACAAAAGCGCUCAUCCUCCAACAGCGACUCCCAGGCCACCAUCCUCUCCUCCGACGAGUCCAACCGCGUCUUCACCCCGCCCAUGAUCGAGACAGCCGCCAGCGACGGAGGCCCGGGCAGUGGCCAAGGUUCCAGCCAGGAGUCGCAAUUGUUCCAGCUUUCGCAACUGGCUGCUGCCCAGGACAAGCUGCCCGGCCAAGCUCAGCCCCUCCGCUCUGCCGUCAAGAGGACCGCCGACGGCACCAUCAAGGACCCACGAUUUUCCCCUACAGCCUCUCCAGGCCGGGGCGUCAGCCACUCGAGGAAUACCAGUGCCGUGAGCGCUGCUUCUACUGCUAGCAGUCGCGUCACCGAGCUUUCCUCCGAGCUGAAGACACGCCUCUCCUACGCUCUGCUCAAGGUCAACAACGGUUGGGAAUCGCGAAACAUCAACCAAGUCGAGACUCUGGCAUCAAGAGGUGUUUCUCCGGUAUCGAGCAACUCUACAAUCCCCGGCGCGCCAAGAUCGUCGGCUAGCCCGCGCAUCCAAACUUCACAUGCUCCAACGCCUCUGACUCCACACGCCGCGUCCCUGCCCAUCACGGCCCCUGAGAAUGCCUCGCAAGGCCCUCCAGCCAGUCCAGCAUCACAUCCCGCGAAUAUCCAGCUACUGGACAUUCCUUCCCUCGCCCCUCCAGUAUCGAUACAACCCCAUCACAGUGAAGGCAACCCUCGGCGGAAUCCGAACCCAAAGCACCCGCCCAACUUCCCACCACCACAGCCGCAUCAUGCCAGCCCACGAACGCCUUCUCUGGCCUCUUUGAAUCUUUCGCCAGAUCCGCGAGGUCUGCUCAAUGCUGGAGACCCAAUGGUGGUCUCACCCACUCACAACAACCGCGAGAAGGAUGCCAUGGAAGCUCUGCUCUUCAUGAGCAGCCCGGGCAAUUCUGCAAACCUCAAGCAGUUUCCAAGGGACUCUCAACCCCUCGAGCGUGUCCGCAACGGGGCGUCUGCCGCAUUUGCGUCGCAAAGGACCGCGUUGCCCACUUCCGCUCCAAAAAGGAAGAGCCUUCCCAACGGCCGUCCAACCCAUAGCUCACAACCACUCCCCACGGCGCAUUCGCCCAAGAAACGCGUUGGCUUUGGGAAAUCUCAUAGCACGCUAAGUGAGAUGGAGAUUGACGACCCUACGAGUCCUCGCCGUCACGCCGGUUAUGCGCGUCCGGCGGCACCACCACGGAAAGCAAAUGGCACAGCAGUAGACAUGCUACCGCCACAUGGGAAAUUCGCGGUGCCACUCACCUCAGCAUCCGGCAGGCCCACGCGGCCUAAGCCCAGGAUUAGGUCUUACGAGGACCUUGACGCAAUGCUCGACCGUGUGGCCGCGGAGGCCUCGUCAUCGGACUCUGACGAUGAAAUUGACCUUUCCGUGUCAUCGAGAAGGCGCGAGGGCUCUGCCGGGAUGCGUGGUUGA